UCCACCGUCGGUAUUAAAAGGCCGCGGUGUGAGUCGCGAGCUGCUGCGUCGGUCGGGCUGCGGGAAGCGAGGCGAGGCGAGGCGAGGCGAACGAGAGCGCGAACGCUGACGGCCGGUUCGAGGAUCUACGGUGCGGACUGAAGGGAUCUGACCAUGCUGAGGAUCUGCCUGUGCGUGUGCGUGAUGGUGCGGCUCGGCGCCUCCCAGGAGCAGGAGGAGCCCGUGUCCUACACGUGCACAGAUGGCUAUGAAUUUGAUCCGGUCCGAGAAAUAUGCAAAGACAUCGACGAGUGCUCCAUCCUCUCCGAUGCCUGCAAAGGGGGCAUGAAGUGCAUUAACCAUUUUGGCGGGUACCUCUGCCUGCCCAAGAGCGCGCAGAUUUUCAUCGGCAACGGAGACGAGCCUUCGCCGGAGCCCGUGCCGCCCCCGCGAGUCCAGCCCCCCACCUGGCCGGUGGUCUGUGCCACAGGGUUCGCCGCGACCGAAACGAACUCCUGCACAGACAUUGAUGAGUGCACCACUGGCAGGCACACCUGCGCCGCUGACCAGAUCUGCCAUAACACCUGGGGCUCGUACACCUGCCAGUGCAAGCCGGGCUUCCAGAAAAGCGGAGACCAGUGUGUAGAUAGAGAUGAAUGCCUGUCCCGGUACUGCAUGCACAGAUGUGUGAACACCGAGGGCUCGUACUACUGCUUGUGCAACGUCGGCUAUCAGCUGGCGAGGAAUAACCAGUCCUGCGUGGACGUGAACGAGUGCGAGAUGGAAAAUCGAUGUGAGCACCGGUGCUACAACCUCAUGGGCUCCUUCCUCUGCCAGUGCGACCAGGGCUACAAGCUGGCAUCCGACUCCAUGUCCUGCGAAGAUAUUGACGAAUGCAGCUUCUCGAACUUCAUGUGCCAGUUUCAGUGUGUCAACAAUCCGGGGGGAUACUCCUGCACCUGCCCCGAUGGGUACCAGCUCCAGGGAACAAGAAUGUGUCAAGAUAUAAACGAAUGCGAGGCAGGCCACGAGUGCCGAGAGGACGAAACGUGCUGGAACUACUACGGUGGAUACCGCUGCUAUCCGAGGAACCCGUGCGAAGAGCCGUACGUGAGGACGGGCGAGAACCGCUGCACCUGCACGUCGACGAACGCGUGCCGAGGCCUGCCGCCGUCCAUCGUGUAUAAAUACAUGAGCAUACCGUCGGACCGUUCCGUGCCGGCCGACGUCUUCCAGAUCCAGGCCGCCAACAUCUACCCCAACACGCAGAACACCUUCCGGAUCAAGGCGGGCAACGAUGGGAGGGAGUUCUUUCUGAGGCGCACUAGCAAUGUGAGUGCCAUGCUGGUGAUGGCCAAGACGCUGAGUGGACCACGCGAGCACAUCGUGGACCUGGAGAUGAUCACCCACAACAGCGUCAUGAACUACCGCUCCAGCUCCUUGCUACGGCUCACCAUUGUGGUGGGGCCCUACCCCUUCUAAGGGCCCCGCGGUUCGCUUCCCGUGUAAAAGAUAUACAGUACGCUACAGUAUAGCCACUAAAUGCAGCGAUGGCAAGGAGAUUAUGAUCAGCUUGCUUCAGUUCGAGUGGAAGGUGGUGUUAUAUUCACGGUAAACCUAACAGGACACAGCUCUUAUUCCUUCUUUCGUGCUACUAUUGCGCUUGGCAAAGGUGACCGGUGCUAAUCCCCGUGAGGCCCAGCGCUGCUUACACGCAGGGCGUCCAACUUCGAACGGACUCGACGUGGAGAUACAUAGUCUUUGAUGCCAAAAACCAUCAGCUUCUGGUCUGACGUUAUUUACGAGGGACAGAAGGCUCUUCCCAUGCAGAAAGAAAAAGCGACUGACUCGCAGCGGUUCACAGACCUUGUAAAUUUGACUAACUGCCACCAGCGAGCCCUCUCCGUCCUUUUCGUUUCCGCGGUUUAACGUUCGAGGUGCGCGUCUCGCUUUGCCCCGAGCGGAAACCCGGUCUCUUCCGUUGAACCGCCACUUAAUGUACCGCACGGUGCGGCCUGGCCGUACGAGCCGCUCGAAGCGCGAUGCCGAGAAACGGUUGCUUGCCGGUACAUCGCGUGAGUCAAAUUUCAAUGGUCCAAGACCGUUUCUGUAACGGAACUUCGUAGCCAGCGGCGGAAGAUUUGCAGCCUUGUUAUUUGGGCUGAAAAGAUCGAGCCUCCUAUACGGAGUUACUGCAAUGCAGUUCGCAGUCAACGUCUUAUCGUGCCAGAACUGUGGUAAACAGGAAAGAUUAGGCUGAAAAAUCCUGGUAUUUGCAAAGGGCUUUUAGUGCUGCGGGAGCGACGAAGGGGGGGGGAUGGAGGGAAUUGUCACGAAGCAUUGUAACUGUGGGUGAUUCUCAUAUUUUGAAUUCUGCAGUACGGCGCUGGUGGAAGGUUCAACUGGAACAGCAAAAUGUCUUAAAGAAACGGAAAAGGAGGGGCGCUGCACCAUAAAUAAACCUUUCGGUAACGGUUAAUGUGGCCCCCCGUGCAGCGUGUCCCGGGAUGAUCUCCGCAGAGUCACGGGAACCAACCCUAACCCCGAGCAACGGUUCCUCGUGUCGUCCUCAAGCGCAUCGUGACUCCUACAUAUUUGCGCCUAGCGCCAGAUCGCCCCGGCGCCGGACUAAUUAGAAUUAAGUCGGAUUUGUCCCUCUCGCAACCUUCGGCCGUGAAAUCCAUAGCUGGGCGAAGGGCUCAAGCGUCAUCUCGCAGCUGCUCGGUGCAGGUUGAAGCAUCUGGAUGAUUUACACGCACGGACGGGCUCGUUGACUUUCUUAACGCUGUUUAUAACGUAUAAACACGACCAGAGAAACCUCUUCCCUCUCCCCCAACAUCAUAUCCAGCAUUUUCUAUUAGACCCCAAAUCUGACGCUUUUGUACACUUUUCAUUCAGCCGUCGUGUUCUUUUUACUUUCCUAUUUAAACUGUUUUUCAUAUCUAACAUCGAGUAACUGUUACUAUGGAUGUGCAAAGUAAUUUUGUAAUGAAAUAAAAUAAAAACUUGCAUUUGCCCGCGUUCUU